UGAUUAUAUUCUCUUUGGUGGUGCGAACAAGUGACGUGUUCAAAAUAAAAUCACAAGGCUUGCGGAAGGAUAUAAAAGUUAAAACUUAUUUGUUGAUAACAUUUCAGUGGUGAUUGUUCAUUUUGAAAUUACUAUUGUUAACUUGGAAUUUUAAAAAUGACUCCAAACAUCCAAACGUUUAUCAAUAGUUUCCAAAAUCGACUGGAACCUCCAGUACGCCAACAUCUGAAAAAUGUUUACGGAACUCUAAUGAUGACUUGUGGGGCUGCAUCUGUUGGAGUGUACGUUGACAUGUACACAAGGUUCCAGGCCGGUAUUCUUUCAACGAUCGCUGGUGCAGCACUUAUGUUAAUGCUGAUUGCUACACCUGAUACUGGCAAGAAUACAAACCUGCGACUUGGUUACCUUUUAGGAUUCGGUUUAGCCACAGGUAUGGGAUUGGGCCCGCUAAUGGAGUAUGUUAGCAUCGUCGACCCAGCCAUCAUUGUGACAGCUCUAUUAGGCACAACUUUGGUUUUCGUUUGUUUCUCCAUUGCGGCCAUGUUGGGUGAACGAGGCAGCUGGCUUUUCUUAGGCGGCCCUCUUAUGACCUUAAUAACUUCCAUGUCACUUAUGACAUUGAUGAACCUUUUCAUGCAAUCUUUUAUCCUUAGCCAGAUUCACAUUUACCUUGGAUUGAUGGCCAUGUGCGGUUUUGUAUUGUUUGACACUCAACUUAUUAUUGAGAAGCGCAGGAUGGGAAGCAAGGACUUUGUGCAACAUGCCCUGGAGUUGUUUAUCGACUUUGUUGGGAUGUUCCGCAGACUUCUUAUCAUCUUGACGCAAAAAGAGGAAAAUAACCGUCGCCGUAAACGUGAAUAGAACUAGGGUGUGAAAUUUAUUAGGGUGUGGGAUUUAUGGUAUAAUACCAAAAAAAUAUAUAAAUAUUGUUUGGAUUGUUUUAUAAAAUGUUUUAAGGUUUGAUUUUAUAAAAGCAUGCAAGUAUUCUUAUAAAUAAUUAAUCUGUUAAAUGUAAACAAAUAUUGCACAAUUUCAAAGCAAAAUUAUCAAUAUUUUUUAUAUUAUUAUAAUAUUCUGGUGAUGACCACAGUUUAAAAAAUGUGUUUAAUUUAUUUUAAGUAACUUUUAUAAAAUCGAAUCUUACAUUAAAUUUCAUAAUAUUAAAUUUUGUAAUGGAUAAGGACAAAUUAAAAACAAAUAUUGCAAAUCGAAUUGUAGAAAGAGAUUUGUGUUUCUUGGAGUGUCAUCAUCAUUUCUGUAACUCGUAUAGUCUGUGCCAAACAAAUGGUCGUCCCUGAACUUAACCGCAAGACGCGUCACAAUAGCAGUUUUUAGGCGUUAGUGGGGCGCAACGUAUCGGGGAGAGAUGGACAUCAGCCCGCGCGUCGCGCCGCGUCCCGCGUUCGCUAUCUGCAUUAGUGUGAGUGCUACAUCCAUACACAGUACACGAGCGCGUGGAUACCAGCGCGAGCUCGCACUCGCAUUUAGAUCAAGCAAUUGCCUUCGUCGCUCGGUCGUCAACGACAGAAAGCUCUUCGAAACCAUAAUCUUUUUCUAAAGUUCAAUGUGCAAUACUUCCUGCCUGGUACCUAUUGUAAAAAUUUUAGUCAAGCAUAUUAUUUUCUUUGAUUUUACUGUACACAUAAUAAAAUAAAAAAAUUGAUUUUUACAACUUUCUGUCAUAGUUGAUAAUGGUAAAUAAACAUAAUAAAUAUAACUAUAUUAUAUAACAACAUACAAAUUUCAAAACUACAGUGUCCGUAUAUUGUAGUCAAAUACAAUCGCCCUUUACGCUGCCAAGCGUAUAUACUGGCCUUAAUAACAAACUAAUGUACCUAAUAAAAUUGUAUUUAUUUACUUAUACUUUAAAGCGUAACUUCCAUUAGGUCGCCUAUUCGAAUUGCAGUUGGUAUUUGUGUUGUGCUUUGACCUAAAGGAUGCAGAUUUAUAGUAAUGAAUAGGGAAGGCAAUCUUGCAAUCCGAUUUGGCGACCUAAAGGAACUUUACUUAGAAGGCAAAAUUCAAAUGGUAAGAAGUAAGAAUACUAAUAUGCACUUCUAUGCAUUAUGCAUGGGAGUUAAUAUUAAAUUACUUUUAUAAAGAUGUAUCAUCAUUGUAGCUUGAAAAAUGUCUUUAAAUAUAAUGCACAUUUAUGUUUUUACCAAAUUAAUGUUUUUUUUUUUAAAUAAACGUUAGUCAUGUAAAAAAAUACUUUGUCCAAUGGAUAAUCCCUUCUAUUGCAGUUUAUUUAAUUUAAAAUAUGUAUUUUCAAAUCCUAGUCUUAAUUAAUUACUUAUUACAGUAUAAAAUAUUUUAUUAUAAAAAAAGAUUCAAAAUUAUGUCAUUAGGUACGUAUUUAGAAAGUGUGAAAAAUGCACAUGAUCUGUUUCCGCGCCCAUCACUCCUCGCUGCAUGUGACGGUUAUAAUCAUUUCUAUCUUUAAUUUUAUG